UAUUCUUUAUUAUACAGUUGUCCUGGAGGAAAGAAUAGCUCAAAAGCUUGUCCAGAAGGUUAUUAUAAUGACAGGACUGGCCAAUCUGAUGUAGGGGACUGCCAGGUAACACUAGUAUCUUUGCUUUCCUAUUCACCACUUUGGGAAAAAAACUUUGGAAAUGGGAAGACUUUUGAGGCUGUUACUAGGGACAGAGAAAAUAUUGGCCGACAGCUGUCUGGGGGAUUCCCAGACACAUUUCAGACACAUUUUGGGUUCAGUUUAUAGACUGAACAAUAUUUUAAGAGAAAGGUUUUGACUGAAUGUUUUUUGUUCUGAUUUAUAGGAAUGUCCUGCUGGGUUUUAUUGCCCUGAUAAAGGCCAAUCACCAAAACCUUGUGAUGUUGGUUUCUAUAGCAACAGCACAGGACAAAUAAAAUGUCUUAUCUGCCCAGAAGGUUUCCGUUGUGAGAAUCUUGCGUCAAAACCCACUCCAUGUGCUGAGGGGUUCUACAGUGCGGAGGGAAACACAACUUGUACAAUAUGCCCUGGGGGUUACCAGUGUCCAAAUGGUAUAUCUCCAGUGGUUUGUCCAACUGGACAAUUUGCAUCCAUUGGCUCUACGUCUUGUAAGGCAUGUCCUGCUGGUCAUCGAUGCCCUAGGCAGGGAAUGUCUGCACCAGAAAGCUGCCCAGAUGGACAGUACACGAACCAAACAUUACAGACUGGGUGUAACACUUGUGAAGCUGGUAGGGAGUGUCCAAAUGGUGACCGUUCUUUGUCAUGUCCAGCGGGUUAUUUCAGUAAAUACGGACAGUCCAACUGUACAGCGUGCCAAUCAGGGGAAUAU